CGAGGAGCUGAAGACGUCCCCACACUGCAGCGAUGGUCAACUGGAAGGCUUUGGACAACGUCCCGGUGCUCUUGUAUAUCCUGGCCCUGAAGACGCUGCUGCUGUGUCUCGCUUUUGCCGGGGUGAAGAUCUACCAGACCAAAAAACAGGAGGAAGCACUGAAGAGACAACAGGCCGAAAAGAGAAGACUGGCCCAGCAGGCGCAGGAGCUCAUAGACGGCAAGAAGGAGGACUGAGAAGGAGCUCACGCCUCUGGAGGAGCAGAGGAGGCAGGAGGGUGCCAUGGUUUCUGAGCUGAACAUAAAGCCAAAACCCCAUAAAGAUGAACCGGAGUGCUUCGCUGGCCAUCUUGGGAGGAAGUUGGAAGCUCCACUUUGAUGACUGCUACCUAUCGGGGCGGCUAGUUGACACAGUUUUGGAUGUAUAGUUGUAGGCAAAAUGUGUUUUUAUAAAAUGUUUUAAGUGCUUCUACCUAUAAGCACCCAAAUCAAUCUGGCAAGCGAGCUGAGGUGACUGCUGGGGGGGGGGGGUGAUCCUUUUUGCUAUAGAGACGAACAGUUGUUAUUUCCAGUGCCAAAUAAUCAGCAGUCUCUCAGUCAGGCUUGCCUAAAUUAUUCCUCAUCCACCAUGCAAAACAGGUCAAUGGCUGGGCUGGGCAUUAUUUGCAAAACAUCUCAUGCCCUGCUUUUGUUUCACAUCAUAGACAUUUAGCCGAUGCUCAUCCAGUGCGAUGCACACAAAGUCUUUGUUUCCAAAAUCAGGAAAUCAAGGCUCACGUCCACUCAGUGAUGUAAAUCGCUUUUCUGAUGUUUCACAUUUAAUUUUUUCAUACAUUUUAACUUAAGAUGCUGAAGAUGACUUCGUAUGUUUGUAAAUAUAGGAAAAGAAUAA